CACUAAAUCAUUGGGAUCUCUUGUGUCUCCGAAAGAAUGCCUAUUUUGGCAAGGCUUCGCCUACUGCCCUAACACGUGAUCCAGAUGACUCAACUUUAGAACCUUGAAACUUACCUGCCUGCGAACUGUUAAAACAACAAUUCCCGUAUUAUCUGAGCAUCUAAAUACCUCCCUGUUCUUUAGAUCGCAAAUUCUAUCCAUCGAGCGCCAAACAAUUAGCCAGUAACCACCCCAAAACCCGUCAAAGAUGUCAUCAGAACCAUCAGUCGUCGUAGGAAUGCAAGUAGGCCAAGGAUCGCUUUCCCUCGCCGAUCGCAUGAAACAAUACGAAGCUUCUUAUGACUUCACCCUACCAGCCGACGCUCCAACUGUCCUCCGUCUCGACGGCCACAACUUCUCGCGCUUCACCGCACACUUUCGCCGCCCGUUUGACCAGCGUAUUCACGAUGCAAUGACAGCCACGUGCUCCGACUUGCUGAGAUUCUUCCCACAGGCUACGGUUGCAUAUACACAAUCCGAUGAGAUAACACUCGUAUUUCCAUCAGGAGUCCAGUCCUUCAACGAUCGCGUCCAAAAACUAGUCAGCCUAGCAUCAAGCUAUUGUUCAGUUAGAUUCAAUACGCAUCUUUCUGCAUUACUGGUAGCGAACCCAGAACCCAAGGUCAAGGACCUGGCGUAUGAAAAGCUGGGGACCGCUCAUUUCGAUGGGCGAUUCUUUACUGUGAAGUCAGUUGAGGAGGCAUUAAAUUGCCUUCUUUGGAGAUGUAGAGGGGAUGCCAUUCGGAAUUCAGUCAGUGGGUUUGCAAGGACGUUGUUUUCUGAUAAGCAGAUGCAUAAGAAGACGACGAAAGAGUUGCUUGAGAUGAUGGAGAAAGAGAAAGGCGUCGUGUUCGAAGAAGCUGUGCCAAAGUGGGCUGUUGCAGGGACGCUGAUGAAGAGGGAGCAGUAUGAGCAUGAGGGCGUGAACUUGAAAAGUGAAUUCAGUGGGGAGAAUUUGAAGAUGGUGACGGAGAAAUAUUGGUGGUUCUAAAGUCUCGAUUCGAUGUUUGACCGUGGGGUAUUCGACAAUGAUUCGAUAGUGGGGAUCUAAGGACGGAUAAGAGCAUUUUCAUGAAGGCCGAAGUGUGU